GCGGGACAAUCGGAUAAGCGCAUAAACAUUAAAGAAGAUGAUGUCCGGCGAGAACAACACUAUCACCGACACCCAGAAAGUCUCUGGUUCUGUACCUUCUGUUGUUCCAGAUCAAGACCAUGCCACCGUCGAAUUCGCCGCUGCGAACGAUAGGGACCAUAAAUAUUUAACCCAAGCUGUUGAAGAGGCAUAUAUUGGAGUUGAGUGUGGUGAUGGCCGUCCGUUUGGAGCGGUUAUUGUUCAUAAGAACGAAAUUUUAGUGAGCUGCCAUAAUAUGGUUUUGAAAUACAAAGAUCCAACGGCACAUGCUGAAAUCAUAGCCAUUAGAGAGGCUUGCAAGAAACUGAAUGAAAUUAAGCUAUCGGAAUGUGAGCUUUACGCAUCCUGCGAGCCUUGUCCGAUGUGUUUUGGAGCCAUCCAUCUCUCAAGACUCAAGAGAUUGGUGUAUGGGGCGAAAGCCGAAGCAGCAGUAGCCAUUGGGUUCAAUCGCAUCAUAGCGGACGGUGUGAGAGGCAUUGGGUGCUACCAUAAGUCUAACCUAGAGAUAAUAAAACUCGAUGCGAGGAUCCAAAACCUCAAUCUGUUUGUCGGAGAGAUGGGUGUCGAUUUGGAAUCGGUGUCGGAAGCGACCUCCGGAGCCAUUGGGUCGCUUCUUAGUACAACGAUCUUAUAUCCUCUUGAUACAUGUAAAUCAAAGUUCCAAGCCGAGGCUCGAGCUCGAGGUCAGCAAAAAUACAGAUAUCUUUCGGAUGUUAUGUGGGAAGCAAUUUCUAAAGGACAAGUCUUUUCACUGUAUCAAGGCCUUGGAACUAAGAAUUUUCAGUCUUUUAUUUCUCAGUUCAUCUACUUUUAUAGCUAUAGCUAUUUCAAGAGAGUUCAUAGUGAAAGGACUGGUUCUAAAUCAAUUGGAACUAAGGCUAAUUUGCUCAUUGCUGCUGCUGCUGGGGCUUGUACUUCUGUCUUGAUUCAGCCUCUGGAUACAGCUUCAUCAAGGAUGCAAACGAGUGAGUUUGGGGAAUCAAAAGGGUUGUGGAAGACCUUAACAGAGGGUACAUGGGGAGAUGCUUUUGAUGGCCUAGGGAUCUCUCUCUUAUUGACUUCAAAUCCUGCAAUUCAGUAUACAGUGUUUGAUCAGCUGAAACAGCACCUUCUUAAGCAGAAAAACGCAAAAGCAGAGAAUGGUUCUUCACCGGUAGUGCUCUCUGCCUUUAUGGCGUUUGUGUUAGGUGCGGUCUCCAAAAGUGUUGCCACCGUGCUCACAUAUCCAGCAAUCAGGUGCAAGGUGAUGAUUCAAGCUGCAGAUGAGUCGAAGGAAAACAACGAAACAAAGAAGCCGAGAAGAAGAACAAGGAAAACAAUUCCAGGGGUUGUCUAUGCCAUAUGGAGAAAAGAAGGGAUGUUAGGGUUCUUUAAGGGCUUGCAGGCUCAGAUCUUGAAGACUGUUCUGAGCUCGGCAUUGCUAUUGAUGAUCAAGGAGAAAAUCACCGCAACGACAUGGAUUCUCAUUCUAGCUAUCCGUAGAACUCUGUUUCUCACAAACACAAAGGGUAAGUUGAAAAGUCCUUGAGACUCUGCAAAUCUGUUUGGCCGCCACCAAGCUUAUUUACAACUGAAGCAAAUAACACAAGUUGUAAUUGCUUCCUUGUAAUUAGAUGAUGAAUGAUCUACAGAGUUAUUGUGUAGUUGGGGUGUGUAAUAAAAGUGAGAAUCUUUGUGUAGAAGCAUCAAAGAAAAUGAUGUAAUAUGAAACGUUUCUUAAGAAACUCAAAUUGAAAAC